CGUGAUGCUCAUGUCUGCAACUGACGUUAGGUUAUAUUUUUACAUGUGUUACUUCGAUUAGGACUAGAUAGUCAAAAGGGGUCCUAAUUUGGGUCCUCAAGUAAACAACAACGGCAGCUAGCAAGCAGAGCCGAAACGAGUUAUAAUUGAAUUGAAUGCCGUUUAAGUUGAAAUAAAUCAUGGAUGAUAGUGAACUAGAGAGGAAAGCAGUGGAGGAGCUCCUUAAAGAAGCUAAUAGAGCAAAAGUCCGUGCCCAGACAAUGGGUCCUGCUGGGUGGAUGAAAUGUCCGCUGGGAAGUACAAACAAGCGCUUUCUGCUGAACACUCUUCGUUCCUCUGCUCUGACGCGUACUUCUGAGAGAGGAAGGGAUGAACAUAGGUACAACAGAGCUUGUGAAAAACAUCGUAACACAGACUGUGAAAAGUGCAAUUACAAAAAAGUCAAUUCACACAGAAGACACCACUCUGAUUCUCAUUCUCACACUUCAAAACACCACUCUUCGACACGCAAUCAUUCAUCAUCCCGAAGCCACUCCCCCAGCCUCUCCCGGAAGUCAGAUAGGACUCGAUCUCGCUCACCCGUGCGGGACAGUUCUCCAGAUGUCAAAAAAUACACUGACAGAAAGAAAAAAUGAUCCACUCUUUGGAGAGUUUGUUUUAGGAGUGCAUGUUUGCUGAACAAUAAUAUUAAAAUUGCAUUUUAAAAACCACAAAAAAAAAAAAAAACAGAUUUUUAUUAUUGAGAAAGGUUGUGAAUAUUUUUUUAAAGUCCGGUUUUCAGAACGAUUUUAAUAACUUAUUGUGCUUUACAAAUGUCUCUUAAGGUGUUUAUUUGUUUUUGUUUAUAUAUAUACAUUACCGUUUAAAAAUUUGGGAUCGGUAACAUGUUUUUAAAAGAAGUCUCUUAAACUCACCGAGGCUUUAUUUAUUUGAUUUAAAAAAAAAAAAAAAAAAAAAAUCCGGUAAUAUUGUGAAAUAUUAUUACAGUUUAAAAUCACUGUUUUCUAUUUGAAUAUAUUUUAAAAUGUAAUUUAUUCCUGUGAUGCAAAGCUGAAUUUUCAGCAUCUUCACUCCAGUCUUCAGUGUCACAUGAUCCUUCAGAAAUCAUUGUGAUUUGCUCAACAUUGAUACAAUGAUACAACAUUGAUAAUAAUAAUAAUAAUAAAUGUUUUGAGCAGCAAAUCAGCUUAGGAUGAUUUCUGAAGGAUCAUGUGACACUGAAGUAACGAUGCUGAAAAUUGUAUAGGCUAUAUAUACACACGUAAUAGCCUAUGCAGCAAUAAACACGAUUCUCGUAGCUUCAGUCUUCCGUCAUAUAUCAGCAAUAUAUUCUAGUUUGUCAUUGAUGGUCUUUGGUAGAGAAUAUCUGUUUAAAAUUAACGUUUGUGCAAUAAACACGAGUGUUCGUGGG